AAAAAAAAGUAGCGCCGGAUGUGUUACUCUGCUUCGGCGGAGGGAUAUUCAUCUUGGAGCUAACGUGGUACUGAGGCUCGACGAGCGAAAAAAAUGUCUGCCUGAGGGAGACCCACAAGUUCCUAUCGGGUGAAAACAAAACCUUUCCGUGCGGUGAAAGCCCCUCAAAGCCACACAAACCGGGAGUCUAGAGGACGUUUCGAGCUGGUGACGUUUUCGGGCCGCUGUCAAGACACCGGGAGGACGGUGGACGGGGACUCCCAUAAACUUCAAUCCAAUUGUUGGAUGUUUAAACGGAAAAAAAGGAGCUGAUCUGAGUGGUCGGAGAUGAAUCCUCAGCAGCGGAUGGCCGCCAUAGGCACAGACAAGGAGCUGAGCGACCUGCUGGAUUUCAGCGCGAUGUUUUCUCCACCUGUUAAUAGUGGGAAAACCAGACCAACUACACUAGGAAGCAGUCAAUUCAGCGGAUCAGGGAUUGAUGAACGGUCUGGUGCUUCCUCUUGGGGGACAAGUGGGCAAAUGAGUCCAUCCUAUGAAUCUUCAAGGGGUUUUGCAGACAGUCCUCAUUACAGUGAACACUUGAAUGACAGUCGAUUAGGGUCCCAUGAAGGAUUGUCCCCGACACCUUUCAUGAACUCAAAUCUAAUGGGUAAAACCGCUGAUAGAGGCACUUUCCCAGUGUUUGGCAGAGAUUCCGCAGUACCUGGUUGUCAGACCAGCCUGAUCCGAACAGACAUUGGACUUGGAAGUUCGGGGCAGCUUCCAACCUCAGGAAAACCCGGAAGCCCUUAUUUUCCAUUUUCUGCAUCAGGUUCUCGUCGACGGCCCUUACAGGACACCCCGGCCAUAGAUCCUGUACAAACUAAGAAGAUAAGGAAGGUCCCCCCUGGUUUGCCUUCAUCCGUCUAUGCACCCUCUCCAGGAUCAGAUGAUUUCAAUAGGGAGUCUCCAAGCUACCCAUCCCCAAAACCACCCAGCAGUAUGUUCGCUAGCACUUUCUUCAUGCCAGAUGGCACCCAUAACUCAACGGAGGUAUGGAAUUCCUCGAAUGGAAUUGGCCAGCCGGGCUAUGGUGGAAUGAUGGGCAGCUCAUCUACUCACAUGCCACAGACAAACAAUUAUGGCAGUGUACAUGACCGCUUGAAUUAUCCACCACAUCCGGUUUCACCAACAGACAUAAAUGCCAGUCUUCCACCAAUGUCCAGCUUCCAUCGAGGUGGCACCACUAGUUCCUCCUAUGUUGCUUCUUCCCACACCCCACCCAUCAAUGGAUCAGACAAUCUCUUGGGCACAGGAAGCAGAGGUAAUGCAGCAGGCGGAAGCUCACAGACCGGGGAUGCACUUGGAAAAGCGCUGGCAUCUAUUUAUUCCCCUGACCACACCAGCAGUAGUUUUCCAUCAAAUCCUUCAACCCCCGUUGGGUCUCCGUCUCCUCUUCCAGUUGCAAACCAGUGGUCUAGACAAGGAGGGCAAGCACCUUCUUCUCCCAACUAUGAAAAUACACUUCACUCCCUGAAAAAUCGGGUUGAGCAGCAACUCCACGAGCAUUUGCAAGAUGCUAUGUCCUUCUUAAAAGAUGUCUGUGAGCAGUCUCGAAUGGAGGAUCGUCUAGAUCGGCUUGAUGAUGCAAUACACGUACUGCGGAACCAUGCAGUAGGACCUUCCACAAGCAUGCCCGCUGACAUACACAGUUUACUGGGGGCAGUACACAAUGGACCCAUUGUAAGCCUGGCUUCAAAUUAUGGGGCAGCUGGACUUGUACCAAACAGUCGACAGACAGCAAUGCUGGGAAGUCAGAGAGAAGAGUCUGUAAGUCUGUGCAAUGACCAUUCAGCUCUGUCCAGCACAGUCUCCGCUUCAAGCACAGAACUAAACCACAAAGCCCAAGACAAUUACAGAGCAUUGUCUGGUGGAUUGACAAACCAACCUGUUAUGCCACCCCUAAUAGAAGUGAAGUCUGAGCGUAAAGAAAAGGAUGAAAACCUACAUGACCCGGGCUCCUCAGAUGACAUGAGAUCAGAUGAUGAAUCUUCUCAAAGUGGCUUAAAAUCGUCAAGAGGUAGAACAAGCAGUAUUAAUGAAGAUGAAGACCUAAAUCCUGAGCAAAAGCUGGAAAGAGAAAGGGAAAGAAGGAUGGCAAACAAUGCAAGGGAACGAUUGCGUGUCCGAGACAUCAAUGAAGCCUUUAAAGAACUUGGACGCAUGUGUCAGUUACAUCUAAAGAGUGAAAAACCACAGACAAAACUGCUGAUUCUUCAUCAGGCUGUAGCAGUUAUCUUGAAUCUGGAGCAGCAAGUCAGAGAGAGAAAUCUAAACCCCAAAGCAGCCUGCCUUAAGAGAAGGGAAGAAGAGAAAGUUUCUGCCGUAUCGGCAGAACCACCAACUGCACAUCCGGGUGCUCAUCCUGGUCUUACAGAUGCUACCAACCCUAUGGGUCAUAUGUAAACAUCAGCCAGGACUCACACUAUGAAUAGGAUAUAGAAGGUGACCUUUUCAUCACAAGGACACAGACAACUAACAUUGACGACACAGAACUGACAGGAUGAAGAGGGGGGACUUGAAUCAAGAUGCCCAAAAUGCAAUAUGAUGAUGAAAGCAAAUGUGGAACACCUGCAUCAGAAGUUGAAAUCUGCUUGAAUUUCAGCCCAUUUCUGAACAUAUCUUAUUGUUUCAGUGUGUCGUUCCUGCACAAUCAGACUGUCCUCCUAUCUCCACACCUCGUGGAAGCUGCCUUGUGCCUAAACUGAAUUGACAAAUGCAUUGUAUCUACAAAUUUUAUUUAUUGUUAAGGAACUGUUGUAAAGGUCUACGUUUAAAAAAAAAAAAAAAAGGGAAAAGUUGGGCUGAAAGUGAUAAAGAUUUCAGUUGAUGCCAGCAUUUGUUAGAACUGUUCUCUUGCGGAGAAUCCAAACAGUGGCAACCUGUGACCCUUUAGCAUUCCCAGCAUACCUAUUAGUGUCUUAAAGAAGGAAGGGAAAUGACUUUUUAUGUCAUUUCUGUUUCUUUUGCCAUUUACAUAGUGUUUUCCAACUUAUGGAAGAUAUUCCGUGGCAUAGCUUUGUUUUAUUUUUCAUUACCUUUUUUUUUUUUUUUAUGUUCACUUUGGUCUCUGGUAAUCUGAACAUUUAUGGUCAUAGGUAUCUUCCCAUGUUAAGCUCCAUGCUUUGAAUCAUGAGUUCAUGAAGUGAAGAUUGGAGACUAGAGCAAUGUCUUGAUAAGGCUACUGGAAUGAAAAUUGUUAUGCUGAUGAAGGAAAGUCGACGAUCUCUAAGCUUCAUAGGACAGCAAACUGUAUUGGGGGCAAGAGUCCUAUACUAGAACAGCUAUCUUUCCAAUGCAGUUAUCUGUAGGACAGUAAGCACAAAGCAAAAAUACAAAGACUUGUCAGGCAGUAAUUAUGGUAACUUUACCUUUUAUCAGUGCAUGAACAAAUCUUAUUAUAUUAUUGAUCUUUAAAGCGACGGUCACCAUCUUAAAAAAAAAAAAAGCACAGUGUAACAUAUUGACCAGUCAUUAAUUCUGUUCUACAAGAACCCUGUCAACUUAGAGAUUCCUGUGAACUUCCACCCAGUCAGUCUUCCACUAUGAGCGAGGAGAAAAGAAAUUGACAUUCAGCUGGGUUCUGGUUCGAACAAAGGUUUCCCCAGAUAUGACUGAUUCUGCACAGAACAAAAUAUAUAUGUAUAUUUUCUCUUUUUGAUGGAAGAAUUACAUUUUAAUGGUCCCUUAUGAAGUGAAGGAGUUAGUGGAUCUUACCUUUUGCUGAUAUUUGCAUCCAAUCAUGGGACUAGAUCUGUGGCCUUGUUCUUUAUUUCAGUAUUUAUCAACAGACAUUGUUGCUUUUGACAUGUGAGAGUUAUCACGUGCCACUGCCUGGCCUCUUUAUUUUCUUCUAUGUUUUUCUUUGUUCCUUUUUUUGUGGCUAUAUUAGACUUUGCAGUUCGCCCAGAAACUUUCCUUCAUAAAAUAGAAAGAAAAAACAUUUGGCUUAUUUUUCACUGUAGUUAGUCUUUUAUACAAUAAUCUUGUAAGAAAAUUUCUUGAAUUCUAAAUAUUACUCUUUCUAGAUUUUUGAAAUUGAAAAAAAGUUUUCAGUAAAAAGUUUCUUACUUUAUUUUACUAUAUUAGGUAGUAAAAAUGUAGGGUUAUUUACCAUAACCUGUUCAUUAAUAUCAGAAAUUUACAAUAGCAUUUUAAGAGCAUAGUAGGGUCCUAGCAUACCGUGUAGUACCUAUGGAGUAUUGUAAGAGCUACUUGUCCAAGAUGAAUUGCUGAUCAUCUUGUUCUACAGUUUUCUUUGUUGGUCUAUUGCAAAUUUGUACCCUGUGUCAAACUCAACGUAUUGUUGAUAAACCUUUCAACCAGCAGCAAAAGUUCAAAAUUGUUCUGUCAGUGUAACAGAAACACAAUAUGUAUAUAACAUUUAUGUAGCAAUAAAUGUGCCAUCUUUUUUAAAAAAAAAAA